UCUGCCGCAGCCCGCGGAUCCCCGUGGGCCCCAGCUGUGGGACCUGAGCUCGGUGGCAGCUCGGUGGCAGCUCGGUGGCAGCUCGGUGACCUGAGCUGGGGCUCAGGGGUCGCUGUCAACUGUAGCUUGGAGGGGCCUGGGCCUGGUGACUUCCCUUCUGCACAGCUCCAUGGUUCCCCCAGGCCCCAGGGUCUCUCUGCCCAGCCUGGGUGUCCCAGCACUGAUCCCCUCCAGCCUAGUCCUGUCCCCAUCGCCCUCCCCAGCCCGUGGGUUCCUGCCCCCCAUUGCCCCAGCAGCCUUCCCUUUCCAGAGAUCAGGGGGCCCAGCCUGGAGCCCACAGCACACCCACCCAAGGGCCCAAGGGAAGGACAAGAACCCUCCUGCCAUGGCUGGAGUGGAUGAGACCCGGCCUGAGGAGGAUGAGCAGAAGUCUCCAGGAGUGAUCCUCACCAACAGCCUCAUCACAAGGAACAUGCCUCAGCUGUUGGAUCCCCCAAGCCCAGAAAGCUGCUCCUCAGAGCUGCUGCUCUCCUUAACCAUCAGCUUGGAUCACCAGAACAUCUCUGCCAUUGGGGAGCUCCAGAGCCUGCCGGAGGUUCACAGCCUCUACCUGCAGCAGAACCAAAUUGAGAAGAUUGAGAACCUGGGCUGCUUCCCCAACCUCAGGUUCCUGUCCCUGUCUGGAAACCGCAUCAGCAGAGUGGAGAACCUGCAGCCCCUGCGCCAGCUGCGCCUCCUGGACUUGUCCCACAACCAGAUCCAGAUGCUGGACCCAGAUGAGCUGCCCUGCAGCCUCCGUGUCCUCGACCUAAGGGGAAACAAAUGCACCCAGCAGCAUGGCUACAGAAAGAUGGUGGUGGGAGCCCUGCCCCACCUCCUGGAGCUGGACACUCAGCCUGUCCGUGGUGCUGUGGGUGAGGAAGAGGAGGAAGGAGGCUCUUCCAGCAGUGAGGAUGAAGAUGAUGAGUUGCUGCUCCCUGAGCCAGGAGGCCCUUUCACUGCAGGCAAAGAUUUCUUUGUGGAUCUGCACCGGGAUCUGUCCAGGCACUCACAGCAAAGGCAGAGUGAGGCUCUGAAGAAACACCAGACCCGUCUGGAGGAGCUGGAGGAGCUGUGGAAGCAUUGGGAUCUGCUGCUGCCUCCAGCAGCCCUGAGCCCAGGCCGGGAGGAAGCUGCCAGCACCACUGCCCCAGCACCCAGGCGUUCUCAACCCUGCCCCCAAGCAAAGCCAGGGACACUGCUGCCACCCUUGCCAGGACCCACUGGGUGGCCCCAGCAAGCUUCCAGUGGGAGCCAGCACUGGACCAUGGCUCUGAACGAGAAGAGUCCCAGCAGAGGAGCAAGAAGCAGGCAGUUACCCCCCCGAGCCCCCAGCAGCACAGCUCUGCACAGCUCCAAUUAAAGCCUCUUUAUUCCUACGCCCAUCGCUGCUCUGCCACGGAGCCCCCAGCCCCACGGCCAGUCCCUGAGGGGCUGAGCACAGGCAGCUCUGCCUGAUGGGGGGAAAAAACACUCCACAUCCCACUUCACAUCCUUCUUCUUCCCCUUCCACAUCCAUAUUCCAGGCCACAGCCAGCUCUACAAAGUACCAAUUCCUCUGGGGCUGGGUAGGGGCUGGAGGCUACACAGCCCCAGGCAGGGCUGGAGGUGCAAGCUGAGGUGUUGCCACCACACAAAUCCACGGUGGGAGGUGAGGAGCCAGGACUGGGCACUGGGAAGGUUUUUCUCAUCCUUCUAUCCAGGAGCAAUGCCACAGGGUGGGGCCAAGCCCGCACAGAUCCAUGGUGGGAGGUGAGCCAGGACCGGGCACUGGGAAGGUUUUCUCAU